AUGCCUUCCAGAAUCUCUCCUGGCGGCUUCAAGCCGCUAGAGGGCACCACAUUAUUCAAACCUUUGAAGAUGGGACAUUUGGAGCUUGAGCACAGAGUAUUCAUGGCCCCUUUGACACGGAUGCGUGCGCCGAAGGAGAGCGAUGGCAUCUGGGUGCCGGGUGAUAUCAAUGUCGAGUACUACUCGCAGCGAGCUUCCAAGGGUGGCUUUCAGCUCACAGAAGCCUGCCCUAUCAGCAGACAAGCCUGCGGCUAUCCUGGUGUGCCUGGAAUCUUCACUGCAAGCCAAAUCGCUGGGUGGAAGCGAGUGACGGAUGCUAUCCAUCAAAAAGGUGGCUACAUUUAUUGUCAGCUAUGGCAUGUCGGUCGUGCUACAGUGAACGAUCUCCUCGAUGGGCAAGACGCUCUAUCCGCCAGUGACAUCCCAAUAUCCGGCAACGCUCUCACAGGUGCUCCAUUCGCUCAGACUCCUCCCAAAGCCAUGACGGAAGCGCAAAUUGACGAGACCGUCAAAGAGUUCGCCGCUGCCGCAAAGCGCGCCCUGGAGGCCGGUUUCGACGGAGUCGAGAUUCACGGAGCUAAUGGCUACCUCCUCGACCAAUUUCUGCACGAUAACGUCAACAUUCGCACAGAUAACUACGGCGGAUCUAUCGAGAACCGCUGCCGGUUCCCUCUGGCGGUCGUCAAAGCUGUCACCGAUGCAGUUGGAGCAGACAAGGUCGGCAUUCGUCUCAGCCCGUACAACUAUUUCCAGGAUACACGCGACUCGAAUCCCAACAAGAACUGGGCGUACCUCUGUGAGCAGCUCGCGGCUAUGCCCAAGGAGAACCGUUUGUCAUACGUUCAUAUGGUCGAGCCUCGCUUCGAUGAGGUCCUCGAUGAGGAAGCCAAGAUGGGCUCUCUGGAGAAGGAGACCUCGUCAGCAAAGAACUCGCUGAAGCCUUUCCGUGAAAUCCUGGCAAAGGGCGACAUCAAAUUCGUGGCCGCUGGUAACUUCAACCGCGACAAUGCUCUGCCGAAACUCGAUGCUGGCGACAGUGACGCAGUCAUCUUCGGACGGUGGUUCAUCGCCAACCCGGACCUCCCAAAGCGUCUGGCUGAGGGUCUGCCGUUGAAUGAGUAUGAUCGCAGCACAUUCUAUGGUGCUGACCCUCCUACGAAGGGCUAUGUUGACUACCCGUUCUUUGAGCCGGGCUCGAAGGAGCUCACUGCAUGA